GAUGACAUAUUUAGAAAUACUUGUUCCUAUUGUUGGAAUUUUCAGAAGUAUCAUUUUCUGUUAUGAAGAAUAUUUCGGAGGUAUAACUACUUGUAUCAUCGUGUGAUUCACAUAAGUUUUUUGAUAUAUUAAUAAUAAUGGCAGAAAUUGAAUGGCCAUGGCAAUACAGUUUUCCUCCUUUUUUUACACUUCAGCCUCAUUCAGAUACUAGAGCUAAACAAUUAGCAGCAUGGAAAAGUUUAAUCCUAGAAUAUUAUCGUAUAACAAAACAAGCUAUUAUAGAUAUAAGAGAAGUGCAUUCAAGUCCGUUAUUUAAUAAUACUGCAAUUAAUCGCAAAUUACCAUCAGAGGCUAUCUUAUUGGUAUUGGAAGAAUUAGCAAGAUCAGGGAAUGCAAGCCCAUUAGAUAAGACAAGACAAAGGUGGCUAAUUUAUUGGCAUACUUUGGAAGAAUGGGGUGAAAUUAUUUAUAACUGGGCACAAGAGAAUGGAUUUGUUGGUUCCGUAUGUACUUUAUUUGAGUUAACACAAGGAGAAGAUACAACAAAUCAGGAAUUUUAUGGACUUGAUACAGAAGUAUUAAUCAGAGCACUUAAAACACUGGAAGGAAAUAAGAAAGCAGAAUUAAUUUUAUUUGAUGAUAAUCAAGGUGUUAAGUUCUUUUAGACACAUAAUUGUAUAAAAGAAUUGCUUUGUAAAUGUAAAUACAAAUCUUCGCUAUUUUCAAGGUA